CACACUCUUUCUUUCGACAUGGAAGAUAUUGUAUCACAAACACACACAAUAUAAAUUGCAACAAGCGUAUUUUUUUCUAUUUUUUUUGCUUGAACGAAAUUCCCAGAUAACAUACAUAUUAAAUAAUUUGUAGCUCAAAUAAAAUUUGAUUAAAAUUGUGAAUUAAAAAUACAAAAUUUUGCUGCACGCGAGAAACAAAAAAAAAAAUCGAAAGAAGUAAAACAAGAAAGCUAAAACGAAGCGGAAGAAAAUAGAGCGUAUGAAAUAGAAUAUGUAUGUUUGUAUACAGCGCACACCUGCCUAAGUGUGUGUGUGUGUGCGUGUGUGUGUGUACAUUAGGCAACAGCUGGUCGUAAUAUUGUAAACAUCAAAACUCUAGCUACAAUUGCCUUCGAUAUCAACAAGUCCAAACUCAUUGAUUAAUUCUGCUCUACAUGCUGGAGUGAGUGUGUGUGUGUGUGUGUGCACAUGUGUGUAGUUGUAUUUAUGCAUAUGCGCUCGAAUUCGCGUCGUUUCGUUAUCGCUUAUUUUGGCUUGCCCAAAUUGGAGCAUGCUGCCGACGUCGUCGUCGUCGUAGUCAACGUCAACGUCAACGCCAGCGUCGUCACAUUGAGUAAGGGUAAGGUCUGUGUGGGAGAUAAGGGGCCAACGAUAUGUCAGCGACAGCAGCAGUCGCUGCACCAGCAGCAGCAACAGGCACAACAACAACAAACACAGCAGCAGCGGGAGCAACAACAACAACAGGAGGUGGUGAGAAGAACCUUUUGUUUGGCCUCAACAAACUGCGAUCGCAGGGCAAGCUGACAGACGUGACGCUCAUUGUGGAGGAUCAUCGCUUCAAGGCUCAUCGCGUCGUCCUGGCCGCCAGCAGCGAUUACUUUUGCGCCAUGUUCGCCGACUGUGCCAUGAUCGAGUCACGCAAGGAGGAGAUCACAUUGUAUGGCGUCACAGCACGCGCCAUGGGACGAAUCAUACUCUAUAUCUAUACAUCGCUGCUCGACCUCAAUGUGGACAACGUGGAGGAGACGCUGGCCGCUGCCACCCACGUUCAGGUCAAAGAGGUGAUCGAACGUUGCACCAUUUUCUUGGAGCAAAAGAUAAGCAUGGACAAUUGCUUGGCCAUUGCCAGCAUGGCGGAAAUCUAUGGCCAAUUGGCACUAGCCGAACGCGCCUAUCGCUAUAUUUGCGCUCACUUUAAGGAGUUUGCGGACAGCGGUGAUUUCAAGGAUGUUAAAAUGGAGCAAUUGCAUUUCAUACUCUCGAGCAAUUAUCCCAUCGAUGUCAGUGAACUGGAGCUGGUGCAGCUGCUGUGCAACUAUGGCCACGAACAGCAGCUGGAUGACAGCGCACUCCAUGAACUGUUGCGUCUGAUCAAAUGGCAAUAUAUUGGCUACGAUGAGCUCAAGUCGUUGUCCAGUCAUCCCAUCAACUAUGCUCUGGUCGGUGAAUAUCUGGCCAAGCUGCAGGAGAAUCGCGUCGUUAGUCGUCAGUCAGCGAACAGUGGGCAAGAGUCCAGCACGGAGCUGGGUCAUUCACAGGGACAGGAACAGGGACCGACGAAUAUGCGCGGCAUGGAACUGAGUCUGCUCAAGAUUGGCGGCUUUGAGUGGAAGGGUCUAACCAAUGAGAUUAUGUGCUUCUCGCCAACCAAAAUGAAGUGGUAUGAACUGACUUCCAUACCACACAUCGAUCAAUGCAACUUUGGCACUGCCGUUCUUAACAACGAGCUGUUUAUCGUGGGCGGUGCCUACGAUGUCUGUCUCAAGGAGUAUAUCCAUCCCUUUGGCUUUCGUUACUGUCCGCUGCGCGACUCCUGGGUAAGCAUAGCGCCCAUUCAGCUGGAUCGGUGUCGCUUCUCGCUGAAUGCCGUGGGCAAGCAGCAUCUGUAUGCCGUCGGUGGAAUUGUGGAGCACGACGACAACUCGGAGGAGGCGCUGCGUCGCAUGUCCAAUGUCGAGCGCUACGACAUCGUCAGCAACACAUGGACGUAUAUGCCCAGCCUGCAAGAGAAUCGCAGUCAACAUGCGGGCGUCGUUGUCGGCGACAAGCUCUACAUAUCUGGUGGCAUCCAUUUGGCAAACAUAUUGUCGAGCAUGUGGUGCUUUGAUACAAAGAGCGAACGCUGGCUGGAGUUGGCACCGAUGCCAACGCCAUGCUGUGACCAUGUACUCGUUGCAAUCGACAAUCGCAUCUAUGCUUGCGGCGGCUGGCAUGAGACGCUACGGGAAUCGCGUGUGCUUGUGGAGCACAUUUAUGCAUACGACAUCAAGACGAAUACGUGGAGCGUUGAAACGAAAAUCCCAGCACCAAAAUUCUAUUCAGGCGUCACCUCGAUGCGUCGCACCAUCUUCUUUGUGGGCGGUCUUGAUUCAACCGAAUCGAUUGAUCGCGCCAGCUCCGAGACAAUGGCCUAUGAUCUGGACACCGGCGAUUGGUGGCAUCGCAAGGACUCGUGGGAUACGCCCAACGAUGUCUGGGAAUCGACAUGCGCUGCCAUCUAUGUGCCCAGCUUUGACUCAUCGUAAAACGACGAAUUUACUACGACUACAACUACAACUACGACUGCCUGUCCCUAUCCUGUGUCCUGUCUCCUAUCCCUAUCCUUAUCCCCCCGUCAAAAUCUUAGAUUGUGAUUAACCUAUUACUACAGUGUACAGUGAACAAAUGUGCCAAGCAAGGCCACAACAACUUUGUGUGUAUAGAAACAGAAAGAGAGAGCAGAUCAACCACAGCACGAACGUUCGAAUAUGUGUGUAACUAUUAUUGUGUAGAAAGCAUAACCAUAACGAUUUAAAUAAAUGAUUUUGUUAGCAAAAAAAUAUACAUAUUUAUAAAUAAAGAAGGUGUGCAG